GUUCCCCCGGCGGGGCCCUAUGGAGGAGCCGCUCCUGGAGGUGGUGCCCCACCUGGCGUGGACCAGGAGGCCUUUUCUUGGUUCCAGGCAGUGGACAGCGAUCGCAGCGGUUACAUCUCCAUGAAGGAGCUGAAGGAGGCGCUGGUCAACUCCAACUGGUCUGCGUUUAACAACGAUACCUGCAUGCUGAUGCUAAACAUGUUCGAUAAGACUGGCUCAGGUCGCAUAGAUGUGUACGGCUUCUCAGCCUUGUUGCGCUUCAUCCAGCAGUGGAGGAGCCUCUUCCAGCAGUACGACAGGGACCAGUCGGGCUCCAUCAACUUCAGCGAGCUUCAGCAAGCUCUCUCGCAGAUGGGCUAUAACCUGAGCCCCCAGUUUAGCCAGCUGCUGGUGUCCCGCUAUGCCCAGAGAUCGUCCAGCCCCAGCAUCCAGCUCGACCGCUUCAUUCAUAUCUGCAUUCAGCUGCAGACCAUGACAGACGCCUUCCGGGAGAAGGACACAGGGCUGGUGGGCAACGUACGGCUGGGCUACGAAGACUUCCUCACGAUGGUAGUGACACGGAUGUUGUGACGCCCUUGGCCGAGGCCAGCGUGGCUGCGAGCUGGCCGGGAGCUCUGCCCAGCUCUCCUGGCGGAGCAGGGAUCCCUUGGCCGGUCUGGCUGGGGUGCGUCUCGUGCUCCACCUGGAAGAAUGAAUUUUUCCCCCCCGCCCCGGGCUGGGUUACCGGCCUGAGGACUCCCAUGCUGUGGGCGUCAGAGAGCCAUGAACCCCUGUUGGGACUCAGCCAUCUACGGCUUUGGUUUCUUGUCCCCACUUGAAGGCAGUGGGUGCCUCCUUGCCAAACUGGAGCCUGGUUCUGCCACCCUGGGGGAUGAGACAGGAGUGAGCCCGUGCCAUGACCCCCAGGGAACGCUUAGAUCUUUCUUUGCCAGACACAAGUUGUUUCAGCCUCAGCUGUGCUGUCCCUCUGCCUGGCUUGCCUUGCCUUGCCUUGCAGACUUUCCUUCCUCAGCCUCGUGCACUUUUAACAGCGCAGUGGUCCAAGCUUCCCGCUCUCGCUUGGAAACAUCCUGACUUUAUUGAAGGUCUGAGCACUGUUUCCCGCUGCUGCUAAACUGGGCUCUAGUCACAAAUAGGAUAAUUAAAUCCGUCUUUAUUGCCA